GUCCAAUACAAGUACAGAGUAACAUCAGUACAUGACAUUUACUAGGAGUAGGUAUAUUGACGUCGUUCUGUACAUUUGAUUGGCUUCGCCAAUAACCCCAACGCGCCUGCCUUGGAAGAGAGGGGUUGGGCAGUGACCCAGACUGCCAUACUCUGGAGCGGACUUGCUGCUUCUUCUUGGUUAUCCUUUCCUCGACUGGUUAUUGCUCCUCAGCCUUAACCAGUUACUAAGCUCCUUAGGAACAAAAUGUCACUCUCAGGGUCGCCCCCAAGGCCACUAUCAGCUGGUAACGACAUUUCUACAAAGGCACACCAAGGGUCUGUGUCUUCGAAUCAAGCAGAACAAAAGCAACCCGAAAGACUAGUGGAAGUGCGCAUUUCAUUGUUCCUGCGAGACAAGACUGAAUACCAAAUAAUCCCAUUCGACGAGGAUAGGGAGAAGAAAAUCAGAUAUGAAAUCGAUGAAUUUAGUCGACAUUUCUUCGGACCACCACGUACCGCCCCUCCGAGUCUUUCUCCUGAGCCGAAAUCCUUAGCCACCGUCAACUGCGCACGCUACUACGAAGAUCUAGUUGCAGAUCCUACCGAGUUUGCUUAUCACUGGGAGAAUAAAGUUGUCCCCCACCUAAUACAAUCCAUCUUGAAGCACUCAGAUGUAUUGUCUGUGGAUGUGGUUCGGGCAUCGACGGAGGAUAAGACAAAUGUUAUUUUCCUAACCCGGUCGAAGUUAGCCGAUUCUCGAAAGAAUGCUCUGCGGGCUAUCGUCCAGGAAGCAUUACCGGAAUCCCUUGGGAAUACCCUCAACUUCUAUUUCCCUCAAGGAACCAUCAUGGCUGCCCAAAGGCCACCUGAUGACCUCUUCUGCGAAGCCAAGAACCCCUUCUGGCAUCAAAAGCCAAUGAUGGGAGAUUCCGUAGGUGUCAGCUGUGAAGGCAGUGACUACGAAGAGGCUGGUGGAACUCUAGGUCUGCUUCUCCAGAUUGACGAGAAAGGGUAUUGGGUAGUGAACUGUCACAUCCUUCCUGAUACUGUUGGUAGUUUGGAUCCUGAUAAGAUCAAACUUCGUCAGCCAUCGGUUCCAGAUUAUACGGAUUAUAUGGAUACCUACGAGCCACAGCAUAGGCCAGGCUUCAACUUUCUUGGGACCCCUACGUCUCGGUCUGGGGAGCCGUAUAUGACAACACGAAAAUCCCUACACCCAUUCAGCGAGAAAGAUGUACAUUACGUUGUCACAGACUGGGCCGCAUUUGAAGCCCAAGGUAUACAUAAUAAUCAGAUGAGGAUUACCGAUAGGGAAGAUGCCGAGAAUAAUUACAUCCGCAGCAGCUCCCGUGUUGUUCCAGGGGCGAGAGUGAAGGUUUCUGGUAGGACUAGUGGUUCGACUAAAGCCUCCAUCUCCCUUGUCCCCUCCAUCGUCCUCUCUGGAUCGGAGAACUUCAUGCAACGAGAUGACGGUUUUUUUCUCGUCAAGCAUGGCAAUGGUACCGAGAUGGUGACACGAGAAUGGGCGAUAUGUCACGCGUAUGAGCGGAGCUACGAGACUUUCGUUACGGAUGGUGCUGGUGCUCCGGGAGACUCUGGCUCUCCCAUCAUCGAUGCCGGCAACCAAAAAUACUACGGCCUUUUGUGGGGCAGAAACGAGUACUCUAACUGCGAAAUCAUCGACGGUGCCAACCAGCUGCAAGGGACUGAGCACAUCCCUCGCAUCUCCUAUUUUACUGCGUGUGACGAUCUCUUCGACGACAUCCAAGAGAAAAUGGGCUCUCAGCAACGUCCGAAGCUCCCGAAUAUCGCAGAAAUCCGCCGUCCAUCUGGCCCUCGACGCUCGAGUGCGGCGAUUCAUUCUAAGCCCAAGCGGUCGAUACCGGAGUCGAUCCGGAAUAUGCUCUCCGUUGCUUCCUCGCCAACAAACACUGUGCUUCACGCACCCACAGCACUCCCCGUUCGUGCCGUCUAGUGUAUGGUUGAUGGAAGAGGAUUUCAGCGUUGUUAGUUUCGUCAAUACCCAAGUGCAUUUAGGUUGGUUAAGGAAGGUAGUUUGAA